AUGGACAACAAUUUCACCCCGGACGCCUUAAGAAAGGUGAGCUCCCAGCGUCUUCCCCCGCCAGCCCUCUUUCAGGGUCCGCCGUCCCAUAAUGCGUCGAACCUAUCGCUUCAACCGCCCGUACCUACGGUAGCCGCUCCAGGAGGUGGUCAACCCCCAUCGCAAGUCCCGCUUUUGCAUCGCAGGCGCUCAUCCCCUAAACCUCUGGAUGCGUCCGGACUUUCACCUUUUUUAUCUCGCACACAGUCCAGGGGUGAGGUAGAUGGCUCCGAUGCGCUCUGGGAAGAGAUGCAAAGUGCCCUUUCCGAUGUUGAGGUCAGCGCAGCGGUCCGAGGCCAUGUAUUUGGGGAGAGACACUCCGAGGCACUAGAGGAUCUGCGAAUGAAACAUCUAAGACUUGCGCAAGCUUGGGGGCGGGAUGAGACUGAGGAUGGAAGUGCUGGCUCGAAUGUUGCUAUGGCGGAACCUCCUCCUCUGAGGAGAGAUUCGCGUGCUGCUGGUGAUACCUCUGGGGAGAUGGAUGAAUCUGCAAAAAGAUUGGAUGAAGAGACCGAGAAGGACAUCCAGCUUGCGCGGCAAAGACGAGAAGCAAACGAUCGUUACUUUGACAGAGUCAAUAACAGUGUCCUGGAUGUUGUCGCAAAGUUGGAAGACAUCGCGCAGGCCAUGCGUACGAUGGAAGCAGAAAGCAAGGACAUCUGGAGCGAGGAUGACAGUUUGAGCACAGCUACGAAGUCUACAGUUCAUACAGCUGGUUGA